UAUGUAUUCAAGAUGGCGGCCACCGGAGGAAGCCACCUAUCGAAUGGUCGAGUUAAUGUGGGCUUGCUGCGCGAAUGCGCGAGAAGGGAACUUCUUCAGUGCUUGAAUAAACAGCCUGGAUCUAAGGUAGCGAAAAACCAUCUGGUAGAUUUGAUUGAAUAUCGAUCCUUCUUGGAAAUGAUGGUCAGGGCUUUUCCAACCGAUAGUUGCUGAAUGAUUCCUUACUAAACAAUUUUACUACCAGGAGUGAACUGCAAUUAAACUCUCCCCACAAUAUUAUAAAUACAUUUUGAUAAACAAGGAAUAAUAUUGUUUGAUUUAACAAUUAAUUCUCAACACUUUCAUCAAAUGUAUGUCAGAAAGUAUCUAAGGAGACUAUUGAUCUUUAAGUCAUGGGAAUGAAAGUUUUAGAAUUGACCUUUAAGGGACUUGUCAGAAAUUAGCAGGGGGGGAGGGGGGUUGAAACAGAGGGGGGGUCACAACUUUUUGAGCCUCAGAAAAGGGAGGGGUCAUGAAAAAUGGGCAGUUAAAAGGGGGAGGGUCAUGCAAAUAUAUGCCCGUGAUCAUGUAGAGGUUCACCCACAGAAGAAAAAGGAAGUUCUUUAUUUGGCAAAAAAAAGAGAAAAAUACAACGGUUUACGGAACGUUAUGGAUAUAAACUGUGAAGUGCUAUAGCAAGAAUUUAACAAACAUGUACUUUUCAUUUAUAACAAUGCUAUAUAGUCUUAUUGAAAUUAUGAAUAAUGUUGUUAUUAAUAAUGUUAGUAGAGUUCUGGCUAUCCUAUUCAUCACUGUACAAGAGGGGGAGGGUCAUGAUAUUUUAGGCCAAGCUCAAGGGGAGGGUUAGCAAAUUUCACUCCCAUUGCAGGGAUGGGUCACCUAAUUUCCGAACCCAAAUUUAAAAUUCCCACCCCCCCUCCCCCCCUGCUAAUUUCUGACAAGUCCCUAAUUUUGGACGAAACUUUUCAAAAUUAUAUACUUUUUUUUUGCUUUUUGCAACAGGCUCUGGUUUGGGACGACAAGCUUACUGGGCCGUUUGGUUUGAUUGCUGAAUACAAGCUAUUAAAGGUAUGACUUAAUGAUAUUCCAACUCAUUUAUUUUUUAAACUAAAAUUGUGGUAGAAGAGAUAGCAUUUGGCAAAACAUCUCAGUCUACCUUGCAGUGAUAACUGAUCAAGUCACCCAGAAGUCAUCUCUCCAAAGACAUGUCACCUGAAACCUGAGUCAUGUCACCCGAAAUAAAAAGUCAAGUUGCCAGAUUUCCUUAUCACUUGUAAAACAUCAAAAUGGCUUAUUUUUAGAAACCAUUGAAGGUACCCUCCAAUCAAACAACAUUUUGGUGUAUUUUCUUACCUUACCCAUCCUUAACAGUAAGAUGUCACCUGAUGCUACUUGAUUUAAAAGUUCAGCGAGACAUACAUAACUAACAUAAACCAACCUGUGAUUUGAAAGAGUGUAUUUUUAUUCUUAAUUUGUUUCAUUGACUAAAGGAAUUGAUACAAAACAUGUAGCAAAGCAAUCAAAAUGAAUGGAUCAUGUUGUCCUAAAUGAAGAAAUUAAACCUGAACUAAAAUUCAGCAGAUACAAGCUAAUCCUAUACUAACUUGACUGUAAACCUUUGCAGUCAUUGUAAUUAUUGGAACAUCAUGAUUACAUUUUCUCAUGUUUCUCCAUCAACAAAAAAGUUACAAAGAAAGUUGCUCUGACAUGGAAACCAAUGUAUUAAACAAAAAAAUGGAAAAAAUGAAGAAUUUUAGAGUCUUAUUUCCCCACUUAAAGAUGUGAAAACAGUUAAAAUUGAGCACUUGUUUUCACGUUUGCCUUGAGUGUUUUGUUCAUAAUAUGUUAUUAUAAAUUGUAAAUAUGAAUACCUGGUGGAUUUUGAGGUUGUUCCAUUAUGUGUGCUUUUCUUCUAAUUAACACAGGAACAUGAAGUUGAAGUCAUGUUCCCUCUUCGUCCUGGGCGCUUACCUCCAUCACAAGUGCAUAACGUUAUAUUUAUCACAAGACCUAAACCAUCAUUGAUGGACAUUAUUGCUGAUAAUGUCCUAAGGUAAGCUGAAGUUCUAACUUACUCUCAAAGAGAAAAUAAUCAGUUGAGUUGAAAAUUAAAACAUGUGAACAAUUUUGAUAUGUACUUCAUUCUAAGACAGCAGAUUAUCACUUUGUCAAAAACUUCAUAUGUACUUUACUUAAUACAUAUUCAAAACUCUCACUAUCCACACUCAGACGAUCAAGGGUAUUUAAAAUAAUCUACUCUGUCUCCUGUAGAUAUAACGAUAUAACUAUCUUCUCUGUAAGCAGUAAGUAAAGCUUUCUACAGUGUCUAACAUACAUGUAUACAGUCUUGUACAGCUUUCUACAAAGUAUACCCUUAACAUUAAAUAGUCAAUCAUACCCUCAUCUUUAAAGUCUGCCUGCAAAGUCUCGAUUAGAUUCAGCUAUUAACACUGUCCACAGAAGAUUAAGCUAUUUCCACUGUACACAGUAGAUGAAAGUAUUCACACUGUCUUUUGUCCAGAGAAAAUGUCAUUAGUUUAAAAUCAUCUUAAUUCUCAUUACCUAUCAGCUCUAGAGUGUAUGCAAUUUGAAAGGAGUAUUCACAAACACUUCUCUCGCUGAGGAUCAAAAUGUCAACAUGAGGGCCUCAUGUCUACAUUUAAGUGCAGUAAAUUAAAUACUAGUACUAUGGUUGAUAGCAUCAACCUUUCCAUGAGUGUGACAAAAACAUGUUCUGUUGCACUACCAAACUUCAAAACUUCAACAUUUUUGGUAGAAAAACUUUAAAAUUGUGGCACUAUUCAUUCUUAAUUUUUGAUACUGUCUUUGCAUUGAUGAACAACAUUCUUUCAACCUCUGUCAGUAAGUGAAUGGAGCUGUACGAGAGCUUUCACUUGAAUGUGUUAGUUGGUGGAUAGUGGUAUGCCACAGUUGAAAUUUCUGCUCUAUUUGUUGACUUUAAAUGCUAUUGCUGAUCAUCAUCCACAAUUGCAAAAACCCUCUCAAGUGGGCAGGAAAUGCAAAACCUUCAUCCAAAUGGGUGGAAAAACUUUGCAGUUAUGUCAUCAAAACAUUGAAGUUUGAUAGGCCAAUAGGAAGGUUAAUUAUCAAAUGUUGCCAAUUGUUUCACUUUGUUAUUCAGUGAGGAAGGCAAGACUGAAAGCAAGAAAAAAGAGUUCACCAUCCUUUUUGUUCCAAGAAAGACUUUGUUAUGUCAAAGGAAACUUGAGGUAAGUUUACUAGUUGUAUAAUUUUUUUAAAAUAAAUAUGUUACAUCUUAACACAUGCAAGAGUGUGAUGUUAUUAUAAUUGUUGUUGUUCAUAUUUUCUUAAUCCAAAGCUGUGAUUAAUCAUAAUCCCAAGCUGUGAUUUUAAGUCAUAAGGGUCAAGAACUUUGAGAGCCUGCUAAAGGUAACCUUGUUUCCUUGAGAAGGCAUCUGUGGGCUUAUAGAAAAUUUUGGUCCAAAUGUUGUGCACUUAUUGGAAGGAAGGUUGCAAUUUAGUACUUGUGUCAGGAGUUGUGAUUUUAUUUAAUUUUAUUCUUAUCACGGCAUCAAAAUUUUGUACGUUAUCCAUGGAGACCUAUAAUUUGUUGUUCCACAUAAUUGUAAUGAUACUGCUGUAGUUGAUAGCCAUUCUUACAAAACAUUAGAUACAGUGACAAUAGGAACAACUUUAACUGUAUGCCCAAUUUAAUCAAGGGGGUUGGUGUUUAGGAGAGGGUAUGGAUACUUAUUCCAGGAGAUACCUGCACUGUAAUUUUUCAGCACAUCCAGUUGGUUGAAAACUUUUAGUUUAUUCAAAAGGUAUGUGGAUGUGUGCUGGAAACAUUAGGGUAUGUUCUGAUAUUUUAUAGCACUGUUUUGUUUUCAGGAACGGAAGGUAUCUUUUAUCAACAUCGAUGAAUAUCCUCUAGAGCUUAUACCAUUGGACAGUGAUGUCUUGUCACUUGAGAUGGAGUCCAGCUUCAAGGUAAACUGUAGAAAUUUAAUCAUUCUAUUACUAAAUAAAUUACUGAAAGUUGGUCAGUUACCCCCCUUAAUUUGAGUUUUGUAAUUUUUUAAAAAUGGGCUCAGAUCCAUUUUUGUUGUAGUAUUUUCAAACAUCCCACAAGUGUUUGUGAAAGCAAGCACCAAAAUAAUCUUCUUGCUUUGCCAAUCUAUAGCUAUUUGCAAAGAUUGCAAGUAAUGAAGUUUGUUAGUUUGGAGAAGGUGCAAUCAAAUAUCUCUCUAUUUGUAAAUUUUUUCAAUUUGUUUUGCAGGAGUGUUACCUGGAAAAUGACUUCACAUCAUUAUUUUAUGUUGCCAAUUCCUUGAUGACACUUCAAACAUUGUAUGGCACAAUCCCCAAGAUUUAUGCAAAGGGAGAUAUGUCAAAGGUGAGAGCCAUACUGAUUUAUUGAUCAUGGUAAAUAUAAAUAGAUAAAGAUAAGUGUUUUGAAAAAUCUGUCAAAAGAAAAUUAGAGGUGCAUUUCUUACAUUGAUCAAAUAAUGUACUGGUAAAAUUGUAAGACAGUAAAUACUUAUUCCUCAAGGUAUCUUUGUAUCACAUAUAGAACUAUUUUUGAUGUAAAGCCUCAAUAAUGGUUCAUUUUCCAAAGAUUAAAUUUUUUCAGUGCUGUUUUGGUUCAGCUUGUAUUUUUAAAAAGACUUCAAAUUUAGUGAAAUUGUACUUAGAAGUUCAGUGUUACUGGCCAAACUUCAAAAACUUCAAAAAAAUUUCAGGAAACAAAGUAGGGUAACUACAAAAUUUAGUGCUACAGUUAUUAAAAUAAAUAGUCAUAGUUUUUAGUCAUAAAAAUGUUUCUGUUCCUCAGAGUGAAAUUUUGUUGUAGGGUUAUUUUACAAUCCAUUUUAUUUUAAAAUGCAAUUAUUUUUGUUAGUUAAGUGAAAUGAGUAUAGUUUUGUUUCAUUUAAUGUCAUCGAAGGUAAAAUGUGCAUUUAAACUUGUUAGUCAAUGGUAGUAUGCAUUAUUUUUCUCAUUGACUUUUUCUUAUUAAAUUGUUACAAUUAAUUAUUGUAAACAGCUAGUCUUAGACAUGAUGAUGCGCAAGAAACGAGAGGCAGCUGAUGCAGAAAACCAAGUCUCACCCCAAAUCGACACACUUCUGUUAAUUGAUCGUAACAUUGACUUACUCACUCCAUUAUUUACUCAACUUACCUAUGAAGGACUGAUAGAUGAACUAUAUGGAAUACACCACAGUAGGUACCAUUGAGUUAAAGGUUACGACUGCUCAAUGAUUACUUAAAGAAAUAAAGUUGAGGCUCAUUUUCUUUGGAGACAAAGUUGAAGUAUGAGUUAUAGCUGGAGUUGCAACUAAAAAUGUACUUGUAGCUUAUUGAAUCCAAAGUCUAAGUUGAAAAUUGAGUCUAGGGCUGGAUGGAAUUGGAGUCUGAAUAAUCUGAUUGCUUGAUUCCACUUUUGUCUCCAUCACUCCUGAUAAAGUGGAAAAUCUGCUGUUAGAUUUGCAAGCAGAUGUUAAGGAACCAAACAAUCAUCCUGAUGAACUGAAGUAACUGCUGAUGAAGUAUUACAGAUGCAAGGGCAAUUAUAUCUGUAUAUUGAGUACUAGAAUAAUUAUAGAUUUUAUUUUAUGAUUCUGUUAUUACAGUACUAUGUUACCUAGCAAUUGUUUAGUGUUAACAACUGAGUUGAAAACGUAAAUUGGUCAUGGUUUUUUACUCUUUAUGGUGACCAAUUUACGUUUUCAACUCAGUUGUUAACAAUAAAUUACCUGCUAUACUCUCCCGCCGACGCAGCACCACAGUUUCUUUAGAAACUUACCCCCUUUAAUCGCUAUAGUUAAUCACAGACAAAUUGUAUUUUCUCUUUGAAGCCACAGCAAAGUUUCCACCUGAGAGAUUCCCUCAAACUGAAGAGAAAGGACCUGGAGGACUUCAACAACAACAACCCACUGGACCUAAGAAAGUUGUUUUAAACUCCAGUGAUGAGUUGUUCUAUGAUAUUCGAGAUCUAAAUUUCUCUGCUGUGGGAAUUCACUUGAGCAGGAAAGCCAAGCAGAUUAGUGCUGCCUUUGAGGUCAGUUCAUGGCCAAAAACAUAUCUUUGAUGAUUUCUCAAAGUUUCUUUUACCUUCCUCUGAUCUGUUUGAUAAAUGCCAAGGUAUUGGUUAAAAAAAAAGAAGGGAACUAGUUAUUGUUAGUGUUCUGACCUGACAGAUUUUAGAGACAGUUUGUUUAUUUAUAAAUUUGGAAGAAGCUGUAGGGUAAUGGUAAGUGCACUGGAGUCUGGGUCAUGAGGAUUGUGCCUCUUUCCACUCAGAAGUAAAAAUGGGAACCAGCAAAUUAUCAGGGGAGAGUUAUGAAGUGAUAUGGGGUAACCUUGUGAUGGACUGGUAUCCCAUCCAUAGGAAGUAGAAAUUCUCCUAAUCACUUCAUGCAAUGGAAACUGAGAUAAACUCUGGCUGCAUGAGUCAUUUUGCUUGAGUACAGACUUUACCUAGUACCUAACUUCUUUUGUUUAUUAUGAUGGGUUUGCUGAUAUGAGGGGUAAUUCACAUCAUUUCCAUCCUACUGUGACCGUAAAAUCAAAACUCAUCUCUGGAGGUAGAUUUAUAUCAUUGGUAGUUAUGGAAGUCAAGGGAAAUGACUGAAAAUUUCUUUGCUGAAAAUGACAGUGCAAAGAAUGCCUCCUUUGAGUGAUAGUAAUCUCCUCACACAAAAAUUCAAACAAGUGUUGGACCCAAGAGAUCAUGGAAAGUUAUGGAAUUUUAUGAGGUUGAAAGUAAAAGAGUACUCUGCUAAAGAAUAUGUUAUUAUUCAUUGUGUUGAAUAACUUAAUAGAUGAUUUAUUGUUUGUCUGAUUGCCUGAUCAAUUUAUAUCAAUAGCCUGACACUAUAUCAAGAGACAAACAAUAAAACACCUCCUAAAAGAGUACUAACCCUGAAAAAGUAGUAAGCUCUUUUGAUGUCUUGUGUGACUCCUAUUCUGAGUUUUACUGAAGAUUCUUUUUUAUCUUACAUUUUGCAUCACCAGGAGCACAAAAGUGCCAAAACAGUGGGUGAAAUGAAACAGUAUGUUCAGAGGAUUCCAUUUAUGCAAAGAGCAAAAGCUUCUCUUGCAACUCGUGAGUGAAGAAGUGUAUUGUACUGGACCCAGUGGUUUGAGGGCAGAUAAUGUUAUAUCCACUGAAUAACACUUGAUAUGGUGGAAAGUGCAGUAUGUUUUGUUAACACAUGCCUAUUUCAUAGAGAUUUGUCCAUUAGAUAGCAUUAUCUGCUCUCUGAACAACUAGGUCCUGGAGUUUAAAAUGUUCAUUCUUUUCUGUAACUGUGUAACUUGUAAGACAUGAGUCUGAUCUGAUUUAAGGUUAAUCAUUAGAAUUUAUACUGUAGCACUUUUCCGAGGACUUUACAUACUUUUGAGUGCUUUGGAAUCAUCACUUUAAUGUUAUUCAAAUAAUUAACUAAUCAAUAUACUAACCCUUUCUUUGACAGUAUGGCUUGAUAUCAUCUUUGAUUUUUUUUAACCAAAUUAAUAUAGAUGAAAAAAGGAACUAAAACCAUCUUUUUGAAACAAGCAAGGUCAAUUUGAAAAUGUAAUAUAUGGCCACAGAGGAAUUUUGCUUUUGUAAGAACAAAGUGGGUAUUCCUAAGUAGGAAGAAAAGCCAGAUCCUGCUUACUUAGGUAGACAAUCUCAAUACACUUAAAAGAUGUUUCUGUACAUCAUACAGAAUCCCCAGAAAUGAUGACAACUGUGGAAAGAUCUUAUGUACAAACCUGGAAUAGUCUCGCAAAUAACCUCAAACUGAAUGAAAUAAUUACUCUAACCUGACCAUUCUGAAGUUUCUCACAUUAUUGUCAUCUUUGACUGUAAUUGAUUUCACGUCAUGCUGUUGCCCUCCACUGAAAUGUACAUUGUUGCAAAACGAUAACUAGGGUGACCACGGGAGUGGACAGUGAGUUUUUUUAUCUUCCUCCCUCUUGGGUCACAUCAAAUAGUUUGACUGCAACUGUUGGUUUUCAUGUGUAUAUGCAUUUCAAAGCUUUCAAGAUCCAAUUUUAGGCUUUUUCGCUGGUUUUCAUGUGUUGUAAAUGAAUUCAUAAAGCUCCAAUUUUAGGAUCGUUGGUCCUCCAGACUAGACAAGCUGGUAGUAUGCAAAUGCAAAAACUUCAGAUUCAAGGUAAAUCAAAAGAGAUUAAGGGAGAUAUGCAUCCUUGUUUUUAGAUACGACCAUAGCAGAGAUGGUCAAGGAACAAACUGAUUCUGAAGAGUUCAGAGAACGUAUUCAAGUUGAACAAGGUUUGUGUUUAUCAAAAGUGAUUUAUGAUAACUGGUGCCUUUCUCGUGAUCAUUGCUGCGUACCACAACUUUAAAGUAGUUCCAUCUUUACAUUAUUGAGACUGUCUUUACAUUAUUAAGACACAGUCUAUAGUGAUGUGUCUUUUGCUGUGCCUGCGAUCCAGUAGAGGGAAGCGUGGAUGCACUGAGCCAUUGUCUAAAUGAGAUUUCAUCGCUGUGAUAUUGCGAUUUUUUUUAACACUCUUAACAGUGUGCGUGUAUUUCAAUGACGAAAGCGGUGACUUCAUCUUUUUCAAUAUGAUUCAUCUUUGCACUAGAUCUUAAAGAAAACCUUGGAGUAUGUUCAAUGCUAGUUCGACUGAUCGAUAAUUUAUGGUGACUUAGAACCUUCGUAGGUUUUUUAAACCUUGGAGGGUUUUAUUCUAGUAUCUUAAGUUGCCCAUCGAAUAUUGUUACUAUAGCGUCAACAUUGAAUUUGGUUGUUGCGACGCGUUUUUCAACCACCGACUUAUUCCACUUGAAUUUACGUCCUUAGCGAACUGACUGAAAACAAAUUGUAAAUAAAAACAAGAGUCUAUUCUCGGGGUACACUGGGUCAUUUUGUCUAAAUUUAUUCGUGUGAAAGCGUGUCCGUUUGGUGAGCGAGUCUUCUUUACAGUCCAGAACUACAUGGUCAUACACGAGUUCUGCUCUUCAAUGUAAAGAAUUGUGCGACACCCAACACGCAACUGUUCCAUAACUGGGCGAACGAGAAGAAUUGCGUGUUCAGCCAAUCGCAUUUAAUUUCCCAGCAGUUUGUCCAACUCCUUUCUAAACUUGAGUACAUGAAACAUGUUCUUAAGCUGAAGUGUGUGUUCAAGACACUUGUAAAAAUAAUCUGGGCAUUCUCCUCGGAGCUCUUGAAGUUCAAUCAAUGUUUGUCCUGUGAAUUCAGCCAUGUCUUUGUCACGCACCUGUGCCAAUCCAAUUUUCUUCAGCCAUUUUUUCACUUCCUUAUUUGUCCAUCCGGCUACAUCUGGACCAGAGGGCUGUUUUGUUAGAGUCGUGGCCUCGGUUGUUCGAAUCACCGCCUCUGGGGAGCCGUCUGUGUGAUCCACAUCUUUUCCUCUUCCCGCUAAUUCUCUGACCAGUUUUGCCACACCAGAAUCAAUGGUAUGCUUACUCAGAAAGCCAAUCCACAGUUUCGUUCCCAACAGCAUUCCUAGCCAGCCAUCCGCUUUGUAAUUUUUCUGCAUCAUCAAAGGAAUGAUGUCUUUUCUUAACUGGUAGGCGUACUCGGCCUCUGAACGACAAUUGGGACUCUCUUUGUAUCGUUGUGACACGCAGAUCAACACAACAGCAGCGUUCUCGACAGCUUUGGCCAUUGCGUCCAGUGUGGACCCACCCAUUUGCUCCAGGUCCAUCCAAACUCUGUAUCCAUUACCCUGAAGUUGAUUUUUGACUUGAACCAAGACAUCCUGAGCAUCCCAUUGGUAGCUAAUCAUCACAUGGUUUCCAGACCCCUCUUUUGUCUUGUUCGCUUUGUCUCUUGCUGUCUUUCCUUCAAUCUCCCACAAUGCUCCAGCGGCUACCUUUUGCACUUCAGCGUUUUGACUGUGGUGUAAUGUGCGUAAGAUGUCCACGGUUCCGUCUCCCUCUCGAAUGAUAUCCUUGUUAGAGUCUUCGAAAGCCAGCAUCCACAAUGCUUUGACCGCACUCGCUCGUUCCUCGUCGUCGCUUGAGGUCUUUAGUGUUGACG